UCAAUGUGAAUUUUCAUUUGUCUCUGAGACUUUAAGUGUUCUUAGGAAGUUAAAUCCUUUUUGGUAGGGCCACCUGAUGGUUGACACUUGGCACUAAUCUGGUGGAUUUGUGUGCCUAUAUAAGGGUGGUUUGUUUUUACCAUUGCAUUCAUUUGAGGAAGGCUUGGAGAGGAGGUGCAAGGUGUGGAGUAAAAGAGCUUCUCAAGAGGUAGGCUUCGAGUUGAGUACCUUUGGGAUUUGAGGGAGUCUUCUGGUCGACUUAAGAGUAUUCUUGCUAUUCCUGAGGCGGAGCGUGAGUGGAGUGAUUUGUUGUCUGAAUCGAGUCUCCGUCAGAGUUCUUUGUGGCGCUCUGUUGAAAAACUCCCUGAAGACGUAGCUAUGUCCCGACCCUUUACACUUCCUCUAACCGGUUCCAAUGCCUUGGAACGUUUGCGUCAAGCAAAGAAAUCAUCCGUUGGGAGCUCAGAAGCUGAUAGAGAGGUUGUCGUGCCUCCGGCUGAUCCCCCUGUUUUGACGCGGAGUCAGACGAAAAAAAAGAAGAAGGUUGUGCAGGAUGAUUCUUCUGACCCAUUUAGCGACACCGUUGCCCUUUCGUUCCCUUCCAAUGCUGCGGCCUAUAGUGAGAUUGGGCCUCACUUAGGAGAGAUUGAUAAGUUGUUGUGGCCCGAAGAUGAUCACAGAAUGGAGCAGGUUGGUACGGAUGGGUCAAUUGAUACCAUUGUUUCUCAUUUGUUCCAGGGUUUGCAAGGGGUCAUUUGGCUGAAGAAGAAAAUCAAGUCCUUAAUGGCAACUCUAAAGGACGUAAGGAGUCAGAGAAAUGAUCUUCGGGGUGAAGUUAGUCGGCUGAAAGAUGCCAAGAAGGAGUCUGAUCAACUCAUAGCUGAUUUGAAGGCUCAACUAGAAUCCAAGGAAGCUGAUGUCGAGAAGCUGAGAGUGACUCUUGGUCAAGUUGAUGAUUUGAAAGCCGAGGUUGCUUCGUUGGAGAAUCGAAUGUUGGUCAUUGGGCUGGAGGCUGAGAUCCAAUGCCGUGGCGUAAUGGCCAGUGAGUUUCGGGAUGGUAAGGCUGAUAGCUGGGAUGUUCCCAAAUACAUUGCUGAUCUUGAGGAAUUGGAGAAGAUGAGGGCUGAAGAGAUAAUCCGGGCCGAAGAGUUAGCCACUUCUUUUGGCAUCAUGACUACUAAUGAUCUGGUUGUGGAUGACUGAUUCCUCUUCUACUCGUGUUCAUUGUCGUGGGAUAACAGAGUUUGUCGGGCCUUUUCUAGUUGUUGUAUGAACUUUUUCUUAUGUAGUAUUGUAUCCUGAUCUAACUGACCUAGUUUUGUUGUAUUAUGGCUUGUUGUAGCUUCUGUUAGUGUUUUUUAAGUUAUUGUA